ACUCUUUCCGUCGCAGAGGGCAUCGUGGAGGACUGCCAGAGCGACGGUUCCCCAAGGGGGUCCAGCGACCGCGUGGCGGUGGAGUGGGGACGCUCUCAAAGUAGAGCGGCGGGGCGCCCGGAGGUGUCGCAAGCCGAGCCCUCCCCAGCUACUCCAUGCCAGGUUGGAGGCUGCUAACGCAGGCGGGCGCCCAGGUGCUGGGUCGCUGCUCGGGCGGCGUGAGUGCUGCCCGGGGCUCGGGGAACAGAACAGACAUCUGGCUUUUUGUUAGAAGUCUCCAUGGCAAGAGUGCUACUUGGUGGGAUGAGCAUCUUUCUGAAGAAAAUGUCCCAUUUAUUAAGCAGUUGGUCUCUGAUGAAGAUAAAGCCCAGUUAGCAAGUAAACUGUGUCCUCUGAAAGAUGAACCAUGGCCUAUACAUCCUUGGGAACCAGGUUCCUCUAGAGUUGGCCUUAUUGCCUUGAAGCUGGGCAUGAUGCCUCUGUGGACCAAAGAUGGUCAAAAGCAUGUGGUCACGUUACUUCAGGUACAAGACUGUCAUGUUUUAAAAUACACUUCAAAGGAAAGCCAUAAUGGAAAAAUGGCAGCCCUACACGUAGGAGGAAAAACCGUAUCACGUUUCCAUAAACCUCCAUCUAGUUUGGAAUUUUACCGAGAACUUGGAUUACCGCCAAAACAGAAAGUUAAAAUCUUUCAUGUGACCGACAAUGCUAUAAUUAAGCCAGGCACUCCUCUUUAUGCUGCUCACUUUCGUCCAGGACAGUAUGUGGACGUCACAGCCAAAACGAUUGGUAAAGGUUUUCAAGGCGUCAUGAAAAGAUGGGGAUUUAAAGGCCAGCCUGCUACGCAUGGUCAAACAAAAACCCACAGGAGGCCUGGAGCUAUUGCAACUGGUGAUAUUGCCAGAGUCUGGCCUGGAACUAAAAUGCCUGGGAAAAUGGGGAACGUAGACAGGACAGCAUAUGGACUGAAGGUAUGGAGAAUAAACACAAAGCACAAUAUAAUCUAUGUAAAUGGCUCAGUACCUGGACAUAAAAAUUGUUUAGUAAAGGUCAGAGACUCUAAACUGCCUGCAUAUAAGGAUUUCUGUAAAAAUCUACCAUUCCCUACAUAUUUUCCUGAUGGAGAUGAAGAGGAACUACCAGAAGAUUUGUAUGAAGAAAACGUGUGUCAGCCUAGUGCACCUUCUAUUACGUUUGCCUGACAUCAUUGGACUUGGCAGAACCUUACAUAUUCUGGGAGCACUGAUGAGCCCGAAUAAUAAUCUAACCAGAAAUUAUAUUCUUUCCUAGUCACAACAAUACCACACUUGUCAUCUCUGUCAAGGACAGAUCCCUCAUCACUGAGUUGGAUUUGGUUAGAAUAAUUACUUUAUUAAACAUAUAUAAAUUAAGUAGAUUGGAUUUGCUAAAAUUGGCAGUUUGCAUAUUAGCAAAAUAUUUGUAAUUCGUGGACUUCAUUAUUUUCUACACCUUUCUGGAGAUAAAAUGUAUAUAAAUUUAACUUUUAUUAAAGAUCUGUCAACCUUU